AUGACCGAUGGAGGUAAUGUGGAGAGUAAAAGGGAGAAAGAGAGUAAUGUGGAUAAUACCGGGGAAGAAAGAGCUGGUUUCGACGAUUUUGGGCGAGCAAUAUCGAGGAUUGCUGUGGCUCAAAUAUGUGAAAGCAUUGGAUUUGAGAGCUUCAAUGAAUCUGCCCUCGAAUCGCUUGCAGACGUUGCAAUUAAGUAUAUAAUUGACCUAGGCAAGACUGCUAGUAGUGGUGCUAAUUUAGCUGGAGAACACAAUGCAACGUGUUAUGAUGUAAUUCAAGGAUUAGAGGAUAUGUGUGCCUCCACUGGUUUUCUGCGCGCAUCAGAGGUGAACCAUUGUGGGUUAAAUUCUGGUAUUGUUAGGGAGAUGGUUGAGUAUGUGGAAUCUGCCGAAGAGGUUCCCUUUUCUCAACCUCUUCCACAUUUUCCGGUGGUAAAGAAUCAGAGGAUGAUACCCAGUUUUUCACAAAUUGGUGAAACACCAGCAUUUAAGCACGUACCGCCGUGGUUGCCUGCAUAUCAAAAUUACCCAUGUUGUGCAGCACCAAAUGACGUUAUUAGUUCUUAG